CGAAGUGCCGGGCCAAAUAAUAUACUUUCAUGGGCAGAUGCAUGGUGUAUUGAACACAACAGAAUAAACGGCUAUAACUGUGUCAUAUUCACACGAGGAAUAAAGGAAGGACCCGUUUUAGAUCAGGCCCACUCCACAGAGAGUAUGGAUGCAGAGGGUUUUGGGGAGCUACUGCAGCAGGCAGAGCAGCUGGCUGCUGAGACAGAAGCAGUAUCAGAGCUGCCUCAUGUAGAGAGGAACCUCCAGGAAAUCCAGCAGGCUGGGGAGAGACUCCGAUCCCGCACCCUCACCCGCACAUCCCAGGAUGCAGCUGAUGUAAAGGCGUCAAUCCUCCUUGGCUCCAGAGGUUUAGACAUCUUCCACAUAUCUCAGAGGUUGGAAAGUCUAAGUGCUGCUACCACAUUUGAACCACUGGAGCCAGUCAAAGAUACUGACAUUCAGGGCUUCUUGAAGAACGAAAGGGACAACGCCCUCCUGUCAGCCAUCGAGGAGUCACGCCGCAGGACAUUCCUGUUGGCUGAAGAGUACCAUCGGGAGUCCAUGUUGGUCCAGUGGGAGCAGGUUAAGCAGAGAGUGUUGCACACUCUGCUUGGAGCAGGAGAGGAUGCACUGGACUUCAGUCAAGAUGUGGAGCCCAGUUUUGUGAGUGAAGUGACAGCCCCAGGAAGGAGUGCACUGGACAGUACAGAGGUGGCUUAUGGACGACAGAUCUAUAUUUUUAAUGAGAAGAUAGUGAACGGUCACAUUCAGCCAAAUCUAGGUGACUUGUGUGCUUCUGUAGCUGAAAGCCUCGAUGACAAGAAUGUGUCAGACCUGUGGUCGAUGGUGAAGCAGAUGACAGACGUGUUGCUGGUUCCAGCCAAAGACACACUCAAAAGUCGCACCUCUGUUGAAAUGCAAAUGGCCUUCGUACGGCAGGCGCUCACCUUCCUGGAAAACAGUUAUAAAAAGUACACCAUGGUGACUGUGUUUGGAAACCUCCAUCAAGCCCAACUGGGAGGGGUGCCAGGAACGUAUCAGCUGGUCCGCAGUUUCCUCAACAUUAAACUACCGGGACCACUGCCCGGCAUGCAGGAUGGUGAGAUAGAGGGCCAUCCAGUGUGGGCUGUGAUCUACUACUGUUUACGUUGUGGAGACCUGAAUGCAGCCAUGCAGGUGGUGAACAGAGUGCAGCAUCAGCUCGGAGACUUCAAGACCUGGUUUCAGGAGUACAUGAACAGCCCAGACAGACGCCUUUCACCAACAUCAGAGAACAAGCUACGUCUCCACUACCGCAGAGUGCUGAGGAACAGCGCUGACCCCUACAAAAGAGCCGUCUACUGUCUGAUCGGCAAAUGUGACAUUAGUGAUAACCAUGGAGAGGUGGCAGACAAAACUGAGGACUACCUCUGGCUUAAGUUAAACCAGGUGUGUUUUGAUGAUGACGGCAGCAACUCUCCACAGGACAGACUCACCCUGCCACAGCUGCAGAAACAGCUGCUGGAAGACUACGGGGAAUCUCAUUUCUCGGCGAGCCAGCAGCCCUUCCUGUACUUCCAGGUGUUGUUCCUGACAGCUCAGUUUGAGGCAGCGGUGGCUUUCUUGUUUCGUGUUGAGAGACUUCGGAGUCAUGCCGUGCACGUAGCAUUGGUCCUCUAUGAGCUACGGCUGCUGCUGAAAUCAUCCGGACAAAGUGCUCAGCUGCUCAGUCAGGAGCCCGGGGACCCUCCCAUGGUACGACGCCUCAACUUUAUCCGUUUGCUCAUGCUUUACACUCGCAAGUUUGAGUCCACUGAUCCACGGGAAGCACUGCAGUACUUUUACUUCUUGCGCAAUGAGAAGGACAGCCAGGGCGAAAACAUGUUUAUGCGUUGUGUCAGCGAACUUGUUAUCGAGAGUCGGGAGUUUGACAUGCUGUUGGGGAGGUUGGAAAAGGAUGGAAGUAGGAAGCCUGGAGUCAUAGAUAAGUUUGCAGGAGACACCAGAGCUAUCAUAAGUAAAGUGGCCCUAGAGGCUGAGAACAAGGGCUUGUUUGAGGAGGCAGUCAGACUCUACGAACUCGCCAGGAAUCCAGAUAAGGUGUUGGAGUUGAUGACCAGGCUGUUGAGUCCAGUCAUCGCACAGGUCAGCGCUCCACAGUCCAACAAGGAGAGGCUGAAAAACACAGCAGUGGCCAUCGCUGAGAGGUAUCGUUCCCAGGGUAUAGCAGGAGAAAAGUCAGUAGAUAGUACUUUCUACCUGCUGUUAGACUUGAUGACAUUCUUUGAUGAGUACCACGGAGGCCACGUUGACAGAGCCUACGAUGUGAUCGAGCGUUUAAAGCUUCUUCCUCUCAGUCAGGACAGUGUGGAGGAGAGAGUGGCUGCCUUCAGGAACUUCAGUGAUGAGGUGCGACACAACCUGUCCGAGGUUCUGUUGGCCACAAUGAACAUCCUGUUCACCCAGUACAAGCGCCUGAAGGGGGCGUCGGCGGGAACCCCAGGACGACCACAGAGGACCAUGGACGACAGAGACACGCAACUCCGCAGCCAGGCCAGAGCCCUGAUCACCUUUGCGGGCAUGAUUCCCUACAACAUGGCCGGAGACACCAACGCAAGACUGGUGCAGAUGGAAUUACUGAUGAACUGAGACCCCCAACAGCGCACACACAAACACAUCGCAGACAUAAAACACUGACUAACUCAUUCGUUUGCCAUUUUAUUUUUUGCGGACGCCAUCGCAUUCAUCGUUGUUAACAGAUAUAUCUUCUCAUCGUCCAUUCCUGCUCCUCGUCAGUUUUUUCCUUUUGAUUUGUUCUUUUCCCCUUUUGGUUGUUUCAUGUUUGUAUCUUAAAUCAUUUGGAAUAAAAAAAAUAAGUUUUCAGUU